AUCGACAUUGACGCCGUUACUGUAGUGCCUUAUGGCGCGGCGGACUCUUGGGCCCGGGAGAACCCAGGCUCAAUGAUUGCAAGCUAUAUCGAGGAUGCCGUCAAGGAACUCGAAAACAACCCGCAACACCGCGACGAAAUCAAUAAGCUGGCUUCGGCUCAUAUCCUCACUAUGGACGUAGAUGAAGAGAAAACUUUCGAUGCAUGUGGAGCUAAGCUCACAGGCGACGGGAAGCUUGCCAUAGUCUUCGGCGCCGACAGACUCGGUUCUAACACUGGCGACGCUUUCUGGCAUAGAAACCUGGAGAAAGGCAUCAGCCUGGCCCCUACUACAGACGUACUGAGCUUUUACGCCCGCAAAGGCAUCCGUGAAGACUACGAGCCGGACAUUGCCAGCGUACAGUCUGAUCUGAAGGAUAUUCUACACAAGGAUAUUACUCUGCACCCCAACUUCGAGGAGUUUUAUGAGAAACUGAAGCAGACCAAGGAUGGCACUGAUUCCUAG